AUGGCUCGUACUAAGCAAACAGCUCGCAAGUCCACCGGAGGAAAAGCCCCAAGGAAACAGCUAGCAACAAAAGCUGCUCGCAAAUCAGCUCCGGCAACCGGAGGAGUGAAGAAGCCACACAGAUUCAGGCCAGGAACCGUUGCUCUGAGAGAAAUCAGGAAGUACCAGAAGAGCACUGAGCUUCUGAUAAGGAAGCUUCCAUUCCAGAGGCUGGUGAGGGAAAUCGCUCAGGAUUUCAAAACUGAUCUCCGAUUCCAAAGCAGCGCUGUUUCUGCUCUUCAAGAAGCUGCUGAAGCAUACCUUGUUGGUUUGUUCGAAGACACAAACCUGUGCGCUAUUCAUGCCAAGAGAGUUACCAUUAUGCCCAAGGAUAUUCAACUUGCUCGCAGAAUCAGAGGCGAGAGGGCUUAG